UGAAAUUGUGUUUUGCAGGUACAGAUGUGAAAGAUGCCCUGGUAAUAAGUGUUUCUACGGGAACAAAAUGCAUCAAUGGUGAAUACAUGAGCGAUCGUGGUCUUGCAUUGAAUGAUUGCCACGCGGAAAUUAUAUCUCGCCGGUGCCUGCUUAAAUUUCUGUAUGCACAACUUGAGCUUUAUCUCAGCAAUAAAGAAGAUCAACAAAAAUCCAUUUUUAUCAGAUCGGAGCGAGGCGGGUUUAAGCUGAAGGAGAAUGUGCAGUUUCAUCUCUAUAUCAGCACAUCUCCUUGUGGCGACGCUCGAAUUUUCUCACCCCAUGAAGCAGCACAAGAGGAUCAAGGGGACAGGCAUCCAAACCGCAAAGCGAGAGGACAACUACGGACAAAAAUAGAAUCUGGGGAAGGGACCAUCCCUGUGCGCUCCACUACCACUAUCCAGACGUGGGAUGGCGUGUUGCAAGGAGAAAGGCUACUUACCAUGUCCUGCAGUGACAAGAUAGCGAGGUGGAACGUAUUGGGUAUUCAAGGAGCCUUACUUAGCCUCUUUGUGGAGCCAAUUUACUUCUCUAGCAUCAUCUUGGGGAGUUUAUAUCAUGGGGAUCAUCUAUCCAGAGCCGUAUACCAGAGGAUAGCAGAGAUAGAAGAUCUACCACCUCUUUAUACACUCAACAGACCUUUACUUAGUGGUAUUAGCAACGCAGAAGCCCGUCAGCCAGGGAAAGCGCCAAACUUCAGCGUGAACUGGACAGUAGGAGACACUGGCCUUGAAGUUAUUAAUGCUACAACUGGCAAAGAUGAAAUGGGUCGUGCAUCUCGCCUUUGUAAGCAUGCCUUUUACAGCCGCUGGAUGCGUAUUCAUGCCAAGCUUUCCUCCAGCUUGCGCUCAAAGAUCCUCAAGCCCAACCUGUACCACGAUACCAAGCAAGGAGCCACUGAGUAUCAAACUGCCAAAGAGUGUCUGUUUAAAGCAUUCCUGAAGGCAGGACUUGGAGCCUGGGUAGAGAAGCCCAUAGAACAAGAUCAGUUUUCUCUCACAGCCUAAUCCACAGACUUCACAUCACUUUGGAAAGGGGUUUGUUCUGGAAAUUCCUGGUGUCCAGCAUUGCUUUCUGGCAUCUCCACAGCUGUCAAAACAUCUUUUUACUUGUUUGGAUUUGGGUUUUUUCCCUUUGCUUUUUGGAAACUUCAUAGUAACAGUUUCUGUUUUGCCUAAGUAUUGAAACUCCAUGAUGAUCUGACGCAUAAUUGUAUAUUUUGUUAUGGGAAAGUAAUUUCUGGUGUAUUUCUAGAAAUACUUUUACUGUAGAAAACUUGCAGUAAGGCUGUCCUUACAGUAUACAAUGACUCGUUUUUUCUGGGUUAAAACAACUUCUUUUUUUUAAUUCAAUGUCAUCAAGUGCAUGAAGAAAUGAAAGUUUCUCUAGGUUUUACACCACACUUUUAGGAAGUAGCUUAAUUUUUUUUAAAAGAAAAUAGGUGACAAAGCUGAUUCUACUCCUCUGUUAACUUGUUUUUGAACUGCAGAUAUAGCGUAUAGACCACAGAGCCAGAAGGGAGUCUGGACAGCUAGUUUUUCCCCACUUCCUUGCUCUUUGAAACCAGCUGCUGAAAAUUUCAUGUCUUUGAUGUAUGUAUUUAUUAGUCUGUGACCCAGUUUUUAACAUGCAGCUUUUUAUUCUGUUUUUAAAAAUACAUUUACCUCCCAUUUA